GAUAUCCGGUUGUACCGGAAGACCAGCUUGUCUCCAUUCUAGAGAAAUGUCCAUUCUCUUUCUUACAAUGCAUUAGCAACAAACCUUGACAUUUAGCAGUUAAUGUGUUACAAGGGCGGAGUUGUUCUACCGAGACCAGUCGCUGCACUGUUUUGUGUUGUACAAUAAUAUUAAUUUAAAUGUGGCGUUUUAGUUAAUCUCUAAUCUACAUGAAGUCUGAGUUUUGUUGUUAGCUAACGUUACCUGCCAGCCGGCUAGCGCGUUAGCUGCAAAGCCGAGAGACAGAGCCACCUGUCAUUCAACACUGCUCGUUAAAGUCUGUUAAUGAUAAAUAAGUAGGACCUCAAGCCAGGAGAGAAUUGACAUUUUGUUUCAACAGAAGUUAAUUAACCGGGUAACACCGCGCCUAAAUGCCCGAACAAGGCCCCAGGAUGAAUGGGUUUUCUCUCGGCGAACUGUGCUGGCUGUUCUGUUGCCCUCCCUGUCCCAGUCGCAUCGCGGCCAAGCUAGCUUUCCUCCCACCGGAGCCCACGUACUCUGUGCAUACCGAUGCUAACGGGGUAACUAGCUUACAUUUAACCGAACGGGCGGACUGGCAGUACUCCCAGCGUGAGCUAGAUGCUGUUGAAGUUUUUAGCACCAGAAGCAGUCGGGGUAACCGGGUUGGAUGCAUGUUUGUGCGUUGCGCCCCGAAUAGUCGGUACACCUUGCUGUUUUCCCACGGUAACGCCGUGGACCUGGGACAGAUGUGCAGUUUUUACAUCGGCCUCGGCUCCAGGAUAAACUGCAACGUGUUCUCCUACGAUUACUCAGGCUACGGAGUCAGCACUGGCAAGCCUUCUGAGAAGAACCUGUAUGCGGACAUCGAGGCGGCCUGGCAGGUCCUGAGGAACAAGUAUGGUGUAACACCUGAGAACAUCAUCCUGUAUGGUCAGAGCAUCGGCACUGUGCCCACCAUCGACCUGGCUGCUCGUUAUGAAUGCGCCGCUGUCAUCCUACACUCACCACUAAUGUCAGGGCUACGGGUGGCCUUCCCUGAUACACGAAAGACCUACUGCUUUGACGCCUUCCCCAGUAUUGACAAAGUGUCCAAGGUGGCGUCCCCAGUGCUGGUGAUCCAUGGUACGGAGGACGAGGUGAUCGACUUCUCCCAUGGCCUGGCCAUGUACGAGCGCUGUCCCCGUGCCGUCGAGCCCUUGUGGGUGGAGGGAGCCGGCCACAACGACAUUGAACUGUAUGCUCAGUACCUGGAGAGACUCAAGCAGUUCAUUUCCUUUGAGCUUCCCACCUCCUGAGAGAAGCUCUGCACUCAGGCCAGGGUUCAUCUCAGCACACCCAAGAAGCCUCCUCCUUAUCAUCUCCCAACUUCCUCUCUUAGCAUAGGGGCAGGACUGGAGUAAGCUGAUCACACUGUUCUCCCCUGUCCUUGGGGCCAUUUCAGGGUGGGAAUGUGUAGUACUGUAGUGGACUGGAAGAGGAGGUGGUUUUAGAUUAUUGAGGUGCAGCCGAAGGUAAGGCCAGUACUGGCCAGACGUGAAGCUUAGGCUUAACAUGUUGUGUUCCCACAACCUGGCUGGUGCUCCUACUUGUGGACACAGUUUGCCAAUGAACCCGGGCCUAGGUGGUGUUUGCACUCGCUGCUCAAUCUGGAUUCAUUUCCCACUCCAGCUCUCAGCCUCCUUCCCUUCCUCUACUCACUGUCUCCCUCACCUUUUCUGUCAGUGUCUCUCACUGUGAUCUUCAGUCUGUCACAUUUCCUUGUUCUUCCCUGUGUUUCUUCCAUGAUCCCUGCUUUUCUUUUGACUGAGAGUCUUUGCAAUGUUCAACCUGGAUUUUUGUAUUCUUUUAUACCAAGUAAGAAAGUAUCAAUUUUGCACCUCAACAUACAAUUGAAGUUUUUUACUUUUUUUUUUAAGUUACCAUUCAGGGGUGAUUAAAUAAUUGCACUUUUAAUGUGCAGAUAUUUUCAGGUAAUGAUUUUUUCUGUGCUUGGAUAUGUAUAUGUUGAUUCAUUUUGUUAUUGGCAUUCCAGGUUUUUCUUAAUUGUAGGUUUUUUUUGUUUGUUUUUUUUCAGGGGGGGUGUGUGUUUAAAAGCUGUUAACCAGAGUGUGCCCUUGCACACCUGGCCUUUGUAGCUGUGAUCUUUGUAGUCCUGAUUCAUGCUGCUCUCUCAUACAGGGAGCCGAUAACGCCAAACUUCAUUGAGAAAUCUGCCAAUUUACAAUAUGCCUUGCACACUGGCAAACACACAUACAUACCCAAUACUUUGGAACCACUGGUAAAUUCAGCAUACAAACGGCACCUUCAGUAAUUACUUCAGUAAAAUGCCAAGAUUCAGAAUUUGUUUGGCUGUUCACAAUAAUUGUACAAGUGAUACACAAUAGAAGGCAGCGGUAAAGAGCAGUGUGAACCUAGUGUUUAUUGAAAUACAUUGUGAUCAUCUCUUGCAGAAGUUAAUGCUGAAUUUACCAGAGGACCUAAAUCAUUUGUAAAAUGCCUCAACAGGUCGUUAAGUAAACUGAUUUUUAUCAACCUAUGUUGCAGAAAACAAACACAUCUUGACAUCCCAGCACCUGGUUAAGCCAUUGUCAAAAAAGUGAUAUUGCUCCAUAACCCACAGUCUAAUUAAGAUGGUCAUUUUGUGUAUGCAUCAAAAUUCUCACUUAUAGUAUAUGUAAAUUGUGUCACACCAGGUGCGUACCUUUUCCACUAAGCAAUGCAGCAAAGAAUAUCCCAAAUAAAGAGAGAACAGCAGGUAUCGGGGCUAUGCUUUUGUUAACUGCAGAUCAUGGGGUAAUAAGACUUGACAGCUGUUUCAAACAGAAACACACUUGACUCAGUACUGUAAAGUGAAGCCAGGGAGCAUGGUGCUGGGUUUACCUGCAGACAGAAGACACUAAACUGUGAACUCUGCUCCAUGUGAAGAUAUUCAUGGUGAAAAUCCUGUCGCUAGGUUUGGGUGUGUACUUAAUUUAUCAUUUCACACUGCAAAUAAAGCCUUAUGUUUGUAGACAUUUCACCCAGUCCUGUCAACUACAGCAGGGCUCUCGUGGUCUUCGGGAGGACUGAUAACUGCUGCUAUUCAUCAGAGGAAUCAAUCAAUCACUGAAAGCCAGACAGUUUGGGGAAUACUGAAAUAACAGCAAGGUACUAAAACCAAAUUCAGCCUGACUACUUUCAUCCCCUUUUGUCAGCCAUAUGUUCCUGCCUGCAGUAGGAGGGGAAUCAGCCAGGGAUGCCCUCUUUUACCGAUACUGUUGUCUGCUGAGCUCUGUGAUAGUUUGCUCUUAUCCCAGAUCGAACUCCAAAGAAACAAGAAAUGGAAUGCCGCGGAAGUAAGCAACGCAUGUAAAUCACAUCUAUUUGAAUCAUUUGUUCUUUUCCCCCUGCAAAUGAAAAAAAUAAAGUAAAACACUAAAAUAAUGAAGUUAAACACUAUCACGUUAAAGUAAAACAAACAAAAAAAUAAGUAAAACACUAUCACAUUGAAGUAAAUGCUGAAAAUGUUUUCCGCAAAGGAUUGUGUUUGAGGGAUAUUUGCAUAGCAACUUCUGAUCGUUUGAUCCGUGUAUUGCUGUGAAGUGGUUUGUCAGGUGGGUAUUAGUGUUUUCUGAUUAUAGCUAAUGGGCCAAUGUUAUUGGAUAACAGGCCCUUGAUCAUCUCUAGUAUAUUUCCUCUAGCUCGUCUUUUUAAUGGAAAUGAAGACCCUGCUUUAGUCCUUAUUGUUUUGAUACUGACAUUUUUACGAGGUUAACUGUUGAUAGAUUUACACUGUCUCUGAAGCUGGUUUGUACGAUAAUCCUCUGUAAUGGUAUACUUCAAUAUCUUCUCUAUGUUAGCCCUUACACGGGGCUCUCUAGUCUCUUUGAUUUUAACACUGGAAUUAUGAUAUGCAAAUGAAAGGCAGAUGAAGCUUGUAGAAUCAGAUUUUGGUAAUAGUGUGUAAAACAUGAAAUAAGCCUUAAACAUGCCGUGAAACAGAUUGUCAAACGUGAUGGUUCUUCCAAGAAAGCAGCACAAUGGAUGUUUUAAUGCUUAUAAUGGAAUAAAGGAUGCAUGGAAGUGUG